AGAGCUGCUCACGCCAACAUGGCGGUGUCCGGUAGUGGCGCGUUCUUUCGCUUCGAGUUUUGGCCGGGGCGGGGGUCUGGGCUUUAGGCAGGUAGUAUUUAGUUUCACAAUGUUUGGGGACCUGUUUGAAGAGGAUUAUUCCAGUGUGUCAAAUGAUCAUUAUGGAAAAGGGAGGAAAUUAAAGACCAAAGCUUUGGAGCUACCUGCUCCUAGAGGAUUCACCAAUUUAAGUGGAAUCAGAAAUCAGGGUGGAACCUGUUACCUCAAUUCCCUUCUUCAGACUCUUCAUUUCACACCUGAAUUCAGAGAAGCUUUAUUUUCUCUUGGCCCGGAAGAGCUUGGUUCGUUAGAGGAUAAGGAUAAACCUGACGCAAAGGUCCGAAUCAUACCUUUGCAGUUACAGCGGUUGUUUGCACAGCUUCUGCUCUUAGACCAGGAAGCUGCGUCCACCGCAGACCUCACUGACAGCUUUGGGUGGACCAGUGAUGAGGAAAUGAGGCAACAUGAUGUACAGGAACUGAAUCGAAUUCUCUUUAGUGCUUUGGAAACUUCUUUAGUUGGGACCUCCGGCCAUGACCUCAUCAAUCGUCUAUAUCACGGAACCAUUGUUAACCAGAUUGUUUGUAAAGAAUGUAAGAAUGUCAGUGAAAAGCAGGAAGACUUCUUAGAUCUCACAGUAGCGGUCAGAAAUGUAUCAGGUUUGGGAGAUGCACUCUGGAACAUGUAUGUGGAAGAGGAAGUUUUUGACUCUGACAACUUGUACCACUGCGGGACUUGUGACAGGCUGGUUAAAGCAGCAAAGUCGGCCAAAUUGCGUAAGCUGCCUCCCUUUCUCACUUUUUCAUUAUUAAGAUUUAAUUUUGAUUUUGUGAAGUGUGAACGAUACAAGGAAACAAGCUGUUAUAUGUUCCCUCUCCGGAUCAAUCUCAAGCCAUUUUGUGAACAGAGUGAAUUAGAUGACUUGGAAUAUAUGUAUGACCUCUUCUCAGUUAUCAUACACAAAGGUGGUUGCUACGGAGGACAUUAUCAUGUGUAUAUUAAAGAUGUCGAUCAUUUGGGAAACUGGCAGUUUCAAGAGGACAAAAGUAAUCCAGAUGUGAAUUUGGAAGAUCUUCAGAAUGAAGAAGAGAUUGAUGAUCCAUUGAUGAUUCUAAAAGCAGUCUUAUUACAGGAGGAGAGUAAUCUAAUUCCUGUUGAUCAGCUGGGCCAGAAACUCUUGAAAAAGAUAGGAAUAUCUUGGAAUAAGAAGUACAGAAAACAGUAUGGACCACUGCGAAAGUUUUUACAGCUUCAUUCUCAGAUAUUUCUGCUCAGUUCAGAUGAAAGUACAGUUAGUCUAUUGAAGGACUGUUCUCUCCAGGCUGAGUCUGAUAUACGAGGAAAUGAUCCACAACUUUUGAAGACACUUACUUCAGAGCCCCCAGGAUUAAAUGAUAGACCCUCCUGUCCCCACUGGUUUGAUAUAAACGAUUCCAGAGUCCAGCCAAUCAAGGAAAAGGAUAUUGAACAGCAAUUUCAGGGUAAAGAAAGUGCCUACAUGUUGUUUUAUCGGAAAUCCCAGUUGCAGAGACCCCCUGAAGCUCGAGCUAACCCAAGAUACAGGGUUCCAUGUCAUUUGCUGAAUGAAAUGGAUGCAGCCAACAUCGAACUACACGUAAAAAGGGCAGAAUGUGAUUCUACAAACAAUAAUUUUGAAUUGCAUCUCCACCUCGGCCCUCAUUAUCAUUUCUUCAAUGGGGCUCUGCACCCAGUAGUCUCUCAAACAGAAAGCAUGUGGGAUUUGACCUUUGAUAAAAGAAAAACUUUAGGAGAUCUUCGACAAUCAAUAUUUCAGCUGUUAGAAUUUUGGGAAGGAGAUAUGGUUCUUAGUGUUGCAAAGUUUGUACCAGCAGGACUUCAUGUUUACCAGACACUUGAUGGAGAUCACCUGACACUGUGUGAAAUUGAAAUUGCUGAUGGGGAAGACAUCUUUGUAUGGAAUGGGGUGGAGGUUGGCGGAAUCCAGAUUCCAGCUGGUAGUGACUGUGAACCUCUGCUUUUAAACGUUCUUCAUCCGGCAACAAGCAAUGAAGAAGAGGAGUGUCAGCAGUUGAUAGACUCUCCACAUGUCUUUCCAUCUAAUGCAGAAAUAGGUAGUGUAUUCACAGCCUUUGCAAUCCCAGACGGAGUCAUCUUAGUCAACAAGACUGAGUCUGUAGGUGAAGAGAGCUGGACCACCAUUCCCAAGGAAGACUUGAAGAAGACAUUCAGAGAACAAGGUCUCAGAAACGGAAGCUCGAUUUUAAUUCAGGAUUCUAAUGACGGUAACAGUUUGUUGACCAAACAAGGGAAAUGGAUCACCAGUGUGAAUGAGAUUGACUGGCUCCAAGUUAAAAACUUAUGCCAAUUAGACUCUGAAGAAGAGCAAGUUAAAAUAUCAGCAACUCUUAACACAGUGGUGUUUGAUAUUCGAAUUAAAGCCGUAAAGGAAUUAAAAUUAAUGAAGGAACUAGCUGUGUUGGCUCUUCGUUUCUGUGCGAGGGCUUUCUCCAGUUGCGGCAAGCGAGUGCCAUUCUUCAUCGCGGUGCGCGGGCCUCUCACCACCGCGGCCCCUCCCGCCGCGGAGCACGGGCUCCAGACGCGCAGGCUCAGCAGCUGUGGCUCACGGGCCCAGUCGCUCCGCGGCAUGUGGGAUCUUCCCAGACCAGGGCUCGAACCCGUGUCCCCUGCAUUGGCAGGCAGAUUCUCAACCACUGCGCCACCAGGGAAGCCCUCAGCCGAGGACAGCUGUUUGAGGCCUAUUGAUAGAAACGGGAAGCUUCUUUGUCCAGUGCCAGACAAUUAUACUCUGAAGGAAGCAGAAUUGAAAAUGGGGAGUUCUUUGGGACUGUGUCCUGGAAAAGCACCAACUUCCUCUCAGCUGUUCCUGUUUUUCGCUGUGGGAAGCGAUGUUCAGCCUGGGACAGAGAUGGAGAUCAUAGUAGAAGAAACAAUAUCUGUGAGAGAUUGUUUAAAGGUAAUGCUGGAGAAAUCUGGCCUAUCAGGAGACGCAUGGCAUUUACGAAAAAUGGAUUGGUGCUAUGAAGCUGGGGAGGCCUUAUGUGAAGAAGAUGCAGCACUGAAAGAGCUUAUGCUCUGUUCCGGAGACACUUUGCUUUUAAUUGAAGGAAAACUUCCUCCUCUGGGUUUCCUGAAGGUGCCCAUCUGGUGGUACCAGCCACGGGGUCCCUUGCAUUGCUGGAAGAGUCAUCAGGACCAGACAGACUGUACCUUUUCUCAGGGCGGCGUCUGGAGAGCUGAUUCCAUCCAAGAUGCUCCCAGUGACGCGCAUGCAGAAGUUUCCCUCCGCUACUUGGGAGACGUUGAAAUCUCAGAAGAUGCUACCUUGGGGGAGCUAAAGUCUCAGGCCAUGACCUUGCCCUCCUUCUCGGAGUUUUCCAUCCCAUCGCCCGCCUUCCUUAGAGCCUGGAUGGUGGAAAGUAAGCGCCCCGGCAGGCUCUUACGAGCCCAUUAUCAGCAGCUCAGGGAGUAUAAAUUGGGACAGAGAACUGAGAUCUGCUUAGAGCCCCUUCAGAAAGAAGAAAACUUGGGCCCCCAGCAUGUGCUGCUGAGGACACAGAUGCGCCUCCCUGGCAAGAGGGCAUAUGCCUUGCCCGUGGACUUGGUGUGGGACACUGCCCGAGGCUGGACGGCCGGCUCCCUGAGGCACCGAGUGGCCGAUUUCUAUUCUCUUCCUGUGGAGAAAAUUGAAAUUGCCAAAUACCUUCCUGAAAAGUUUGAGUGGCUUCCAGUACCUAGCUGGAACCAGCAAAUUACCAAGAGGAAAAAGAAGAAAAAGCAAGAUAAUUUGCAGGGGGCACCUUAUCACUUGAAAGAUGGAGAUACUAUUGGCAUUAAGAAUCUCCUGGUUGAAGAUGAUGAUGAUUUCAGUACAGUCAGAGAUGACAUUGGAAGAGAAAAACAGAAAGAGUUCGCUCUGGGGAAAAAGAAAAGCCAGGAAGCCCUUCGUGUGCGGAGCGGCGACGUCCCCUCUGGUGCAGAGACGCCCGCCCGCCCCCGUGGACCAGAAGCUUCUCUCUCCAUCCACGUCGGGAGCUUCAGAUAGCACAGGGCCUCCACGCUCCUGCUGCAGGUCCUGGCCCGUUUCCUGCUUUCUGCCCGGUGCGGACACGGACUCAGGGCCCUGCUUUGUCACGAGCAAAGGGGGCGCUCCACCGCAGGCCAGGCGAGUGCGCUUGUCACCCGGCUCCGUGGCGCGUCCCCCCGGGCUGGCACGGACCUGGCCGCGCCACAGAUGCCAACCGGCCGACACCCUCGAGCCCCGCCACCAUCUUUAUACAGAAAUCGGCUAGUUCUGCAUUAACUGCAGGCGUGGGUGACGUGGCACGUGGCGCAUCCCUGCACACCUGCCCUCUAAAGUACACCCGCCCCACUCUCUCUCUCAGGCUGUUCAGGUGACUCCUUUGGUAUCUGUAGCCGCCCAGGCUCUGACAGCUCGGCUCACAGCGAUGGGCUGGCCAGGCUCACGCCGUGACAUAAACAGGAGUCUGCUUUCUGGUCCCCAAACGGCACGUUUCCCCUUUGGUCUGAGUUAGAACUGGUUCUGAAGUGUUACCUCCCUUUCCGGGAUGAGGAGACCGACGGGGCAUCCUCUGAGGUCGGGUGCCGCUGGAGAGGGGGCAGCAUGAGGUGGGGUCCGGCCCGUGCUGUCUGUGGUCAGAACAUUCCCGCCGGGGCCUCUUCCUUCUGGGAGCCUGAUGGGGAGGCAGGGUCAUGGCAGCCAAGCCUGGAAAGGGCUGAGGGGACAGUCCGGAGGAGCCUUGAUUAAAAUGGGAAAAAAAGAAAUUGUGAACCAAGAGUCUUCUUAAUGCGGCAUAGCUGGGCUAUCACAUUUAAAAGAUGUGAGUGGUAUUUAUGACAGAUACGUCGCGUCUGUGUUACUGAGCUGAGUGACUUAGGACACCGGGGUGAUUCACUUUCUCAAGCUAACUCAGUCGGAAGCAGGAAUUCCUGAGAAGAUAAAAUAAAUUCUUUAACUUUCUUAUACCUCAGUGAUGCUUCAUAGCGACUCUCUUGCUAAGUACGGUUAUCUUCUUGAUUUCACAGUUUUUCAUCAGCCUUUUUACCACUGAUGCUAUUAAAAUAGCUCUUAAAUGUAAGGGAUGGAAAGGAAAUGGCAAAUGGGGACCAGGUCGCGGCCCGCACCGCCGGCUUAAGGAAUCGAGUGAACGUUGCUCCAGCCGUGCUGCUCUCCCACAGAGCCUGACCGCGAGUGGAACGAACGGCCCUGCUCUUCCUUCCUCUGUCCUCCCUCCUUCCACACAGUGUCGACACCACCACUAGAAACUCUGGUCUCUGUGUGUGCGUCUGAAAUUGGUGGCUCGCGAAUUAUGUGCUAAUUUGUAUUGAAGCAGUCGUGUUUUAAGUUGGACUUUGGCGAGUGCUUCCGGCCUCUCAAACACUAACCCUGUCUCAGGAGACGCGCACGUGGGGUCCAGACUCUCCAGACGCACCUGGCGGGCAGUGACGAGGCCGAAGUGUAAGGCUCCCUGACUGACCGCCGCUCUGUGUAGAGGCUGUUCUGUCCCUUUUCCCGUAGCUGACAGGGCUCCUUGGUGCGCCCCUUCAUUCCACUGUAAUAAGACAUUAAUGCACUAACUGAAAAGCCUGGCUUCUGAGAAGCCAGCGGCCUCGCUGGGCGUCACCUACCACGACAGGCAGGGUCGAGGCGCGGCACGGUGUCCGCGGUGAGCGGCCGGGGCCUCGGGUGGUCUCUGCUUGUCGGCUUGCUCCCCUCCUUCCUUCCAGUUCGGGGAUGGAGUGGGGCUCCAGGGAGAGAGCUGUAAGAGUUUGUUAAAGAAAAAAUAAACUGUUCAAUUUGUAACCUCC